ACGAAAAGAAAAUAAAAGAAAUAAAAUGCAACGAAAUCCAUAAGUCGUUCGAUUAGUGUGAACAUUUGACGAAAUUAUAAAAAUUUAAAACCAAAAGCUGAGUGACCAAAAAAAUUAAUAUGCAGAAUAUUUUAAACACGAUAAAUAUAUAAACGGCAUAAAACAGCCAUGUCAUGCGCUCAUGCGAUUGUCAAUUUCAGAAUAUUCCAGAAGGUUUCUUGGAGAAACGUUUCAUUAUCAAAUUAGGCUUUAGGAUGUUACAUCACUUUGCGAGAAGCCGUUAUAUUGGACCAGUCUUGAGGUAAAUUACCUGCUAUUAAAAUUUGGAUCGUCGGGUCUCCCACUCGAAAGCGACAACCAUACCGAACGUAUAACAUGAUCGUAAGCCCUGAUGACAGAAGAUUAGCUAGAGAUAUAUAUUGUGCGCUGAAAUUAUCAUUAGUUAUUAGCUAGAUUUAAUGACUAAUUGAGAAUAGAACCCAGUCUUCACAUCCGAGUUUGACAAGAUUGUUUGGAUGGUCACUAAUGAACUAGGCGUAAUUUUCGACAUGUUCGCUUAAUACAUUACUGAAGAAACUAAAGAGACCGACGUCGUUUUCUGUAUAAGAUCGUCAGGCGCAUGCUAUUGAUGUUUCUGUGUUUCUUUGGUUCAGUUACUACGAAUUGAUCGAUCGAUAUUGAAAAAUUGUCUCAGUAAGGGAUCAACAAAUGCGUCGUUGCUCAGAGGUGUUGUACACUAGUACUCGAAAAAGGCUAGCGAGCUGAUAUUGCAGCCUAACUAUCUAUAAAAGGUAAGAGCUUGAGAUUUGAAAUUGACUAAUCACUUGACUAAUCCGAGUAAUAAAAAAAGGGAAUAAAAUAUUACAUAUAUAAGAAAAAAACUAACGAUUGAUCAGACUCAAAAAUCAAUUCGACAAAUAAGAACUAGAUUUCACAAUAUGUAUGUGUUUCUUAAACAAUCCUCUGAAUCUAUAAAUACUAGUUCUAUUGGCUUUGCUAUUUUUAUGUAGUAUGCGGCCGCUGGCCAAACUUCUUGGAAGUCGUCGAGAUAUCCUUUUAGAAAUACAUGGCUUUAGACUUUAUUACUUCUAUAUAUGCCAUAUCUAUAUCUACAUAACGAUGCCAAGGAGCAUUUCGUAAAGCCUUGGAAAGUAUAUCCUUCUGACUCACAUUCUUUGAAACUAUACUUAGAAAUUAAUCAACACUGUCCUAAAACCAUGGAUGGACAGCACUGUUAAUGACUGAUCAUUAUAUCUUACUGGUGUUUGCUCAUUUGAUGAAACCUCUUAGACUACAAUUCCAAUGCAUAUGGUUCUAACAGAUACCGGCUCAACUAAAGUCGCCGUGAGUAAUCAAGCACGUUUAUAUCGUUUUUUGAAGUCGUAGAAGUUUCCGGGUGUUUUUUAAGUAUCAUAGUCCAACGAUUAUCCUUACAACUCUAUAGGCCGGGGGCACAUUUCUAGAUUAAAUGGUUGACCUUUUUAGAGCUGUUAUAUCCAUCAGUAUCAUUCAUUCUUCUGUUUUGAAUAUAUCGAGUUCAGCUUAUGGCCCCUCCUGGUAGGGUCCAACCGGAGCAGUUCUACUUAGAUUGAAGGACCAUCACUUUCUUCAAUGACUGGUUUAGUAAGAAAAUGUUUACCAAUCGGUUGGGGGAAAAACUUAUGAAAGGUAAUCGUGAGGUAAUGAUUCUAGACAUUAUCGAUAGAUGUAUCAUGAGCGAUUGGUUUUAGAAAGAAACCCCGGCGUUUGCGAAUGGACUGAUAAGGUAAAUCGAUUGAUCACGAAUCAUUAAGAAAAAUAAAAAAACCAGCAUAUGGUUUCUAUUAAGCGUAAUAAAUACGAGUGUAAAACAUUGAUAAAGAAAAGCUUUAUUUCAGAGCCAAACUCCACAAAGCGUUUUAAUCAUAGAGUGUAUGCCUUUCUCCCACCCUUCUCGGCUUUCCGUGACAAAGUUAGCUUACAAAAUUGGAGAAAUUAGUGCAAAGUUUACUGAAGUCUACUGAACAUACUAAUUUGCGCAGAUUUUUGCAUUUUCUUAAAAUGUUUGUCGUGGAUAAUAUGGUAUGCACUUUAUUUGCUUUGAAAUAAUUGGUUAGCUAAAUAGUCAUGUGACUGUCACGUGACUGACUUCACAUGGCUUAUCUUCUUACUGAGGGAGAACAUUACGUCUACAGCACACGAGCAACUUAUUAAUGAACUGACAUAAAUUUUUCUUUGGCCUGCUGCUGUGAAUGAAAUAUGACUGUCGUGAACCUGAUGUUCUUUGAGGAAACCGCUUCUAUCUCUGGGAUCGUUCUGUUAUUGGCAAAUCAUCAUUGCCGGACAAAACUGAAGAGCAGUCGGACGUUUGCCGCUGAGCCGAUGGCUAAUUAAUCGAACUUAUCAAGUAUUCGAUCUGUUUAUUAAACUCAUAAUAAUGCAGUACUUUAAAAUAGACUGAUGUUUAGAUUCUGGGUCAAUAGAUCAUGUUCCGCUCAUGCGAUCUCCUGAUGGAAUUCUGUUCAUGUAAGGACACACACACAAGUAACAUUUCUACGGCUGUAUGGUCCUUUGUCGCCUUACUCUGACCAUUGGAUCCUAAGUGUGAAAUAUUCGAAGAAACCCUUUUGGUCUAAGGGACAACAAUAGAGGAGUCUAUACUUUGAAAGCACUCUCUAAUUUGCUUGGGGUCCCCGUGGAACAAUGGAGAGGCUGACGAGCUGAAGUGAAGAUUCUGUCAAAGCAUUUAAACUAAGAAUCACGCGAGUAGGCUAAGAGAGAUCAUUUUACCGAAAAGCAAGAUUGAUCUGUUGUUAUACAUCCUAAAUCUUCUGACAAGAUUGUCGAUAAAAGUACCAUUAUACAAGUCUUCUCCGGGCAAUAUAGAUAACUAAAAGAUAACCCAAGAGCUGAGCCGUCAAAUGCUGGUUUCUAUAAAGGGCGACAACUGACGGAAUGCGUCCAUGAAAAUCAAUUCAAAAGAUCAUUCCUCUCGAGCAACAAGCAACAUUACAUCGAACUCUUUAUUAGCAAGUAUGAACACCAUGGCUAACAUCACUGCAAAUGCCACUGGGAAUGCCUUACAAGCAGUAGUUAAUACGUUGGCCAGCAAUACGUUGAAUGCUACUGUGAAACCUUUAUUGAUGAAUACCCUGGCCAACAUCACAGCGAAUACUACACAAAGCACCUAUAUACCCACCAAUACCCUGCUCAACAUGACGGCAAAUUCUACAGAAAGUUCUGUAUUAGCGAGUACACUGGCCAAUGUUACCAACUCUACAUCGACCGCCGUUUUAAUGACACUGGCCACCUUCUCAAGCAAUUCUACACCGAGUACUUCAUUCGUAAAAACAAUGGCUGACUUCACGACGAGCAAUGUAUCAGAUACGUCGUUCCAAGCUACGGUUAAUACCCUUUUUAACGUUACUAACGGGACGGGCAUUCACGGUGGUAUGGGUGCAUUCAACCCUACUGUAUCGAACGUCAUUGCAGCGAUUUUCACUGGGAUCCUUAUCAUUCUUACUCUUGGAGGAAACUCUAUAGUGUGUGCGAGUUUCUACACUUUUCACGAUCUCAGGACGAUUUGUAACUAUUUUAUCAUAUCACUGAGUGUGGCUGAUAUUCUUGUGUCGUUGUUCGCUAUGCCGUUUUGGUUAGUUGUGCAGCUCAAUAGCAAUGCGUGGAAUUACAACCCAACACUGAAAGCCUUUUGGGAUUGUAUGGACAUACUAUGUGGUACUGCAUCGAUCAUGAAUCUCACUGCGGUAAGCUUUGAUAGACAGCUGGCAAUCACAUCCCCAUUCUCGUACCCCAAGAUACUGACAAGACGUCGUGCUAUCUUACUCAUAUGUUGCGUAUGGCUCUACGCUACGGGCAUGGCGUGUGCCAGACUGAUAGAGUGGCCCUUUCCAAGCUAUCUUCACUUCGUAGCAACUUUUAGUUUUUUUCUACCGCUGUCGAUUAUGCUCGUCAUGUACACUCGAAUUUAUCUAAUUGCUCGCUACCACGCACGUCGCAUUGGAAAGAACUACGCGAACGAUAUCAAAGCAGCCAAAACGAUAGCAGUCGUUAUUGGUGUCUUUACGUGUUGUUGGUGCCCAUUCUUUGUGGUCGUGCUUCUAUACGCAUACAAUGGGAGGGGGUACCGCAUGCCAUUUCAAAUCUACAAUUUGACCAAGUGGUUAGAAUAUCUCAACAGUUGUCUCAAUCCCAUUAUAUACACGUGUCUUAAUCGCACAUACAGAAGAGCAUUUAGAAAGCUAUUUACUCGAUGCCGGAAGAAAAUUCGCCGGGAGUCUGAGUGUUCAAGUGCAAGUACAUGGCACAACACUGAUCAAAGACAAUCUGUUUCGCAUGUAAGUGGCUACCCUUCGAACUUUAAAACAAGAACUUAUUUAGCAAAUGGCAGGAACGCUAUGUUACCGACAGUCGAUGAAGGCACUGAUGUAUGACCUCAUUAGGAAAAGGGGAAAGCUAAUAUAUAUGCAAUGAGUUUCGCUAAAUACUAUCUAUGUUAUGCAAGAAGCAAAGGAUGGAGCAGCUGCACCAUUGUACCUCAAAAAGAAAAGGGUAGAGGCUUUAUGGGACUAAUCUGACGCAACUCAGACUCUAUAGAAUGUAGGCACUAAGUAUAUAGAAGAUAAGGGGGUGUAUACCCCCUUUCUUUCCUCUUAUAAAGUCCUGUCUUCACAACCCCAUUGGGGCGACGAGAAACCUCAUUUCUUCAUGUAUUUAAAGCUGAAGAAACGGACGUGCUCUUUUAGGUUUAAAAAAUGUCUUUAGCAAAGAAUUCACGACGCUAGAAAACACUUUUGUAUUUCUCAUCAAUAGAAAAUAAAUUAUAUGGAAAAAAAUAAAAGAACGAGAUGGUAAUCUGAGUAGAAGCAAUAGGUUGGAACAAUCUGUGACCAUACAACUGUUUACCUCUACUUAUCUCCCAAUGAUAAAAAAUACAUAUCAAUCAACUAAAGGAUUUUUUCAAGUAAUGCCUGGAGAUCGUAACAUACUUGCGUCAGUAAACAGUUCACAAAUUACUUCAGGCACGCACUGUUAUUAAUUCAUCAAGGACAAAUAAAAUUAAAAAAGAGAGAAAGAAAGAAACGGGUUGUCAGUUCAAGAUAGUUAGUUUUUGUCAUAUUAUGAUCUUACAACACCAAGGCCAGUAUCUUAGGUCAAUCCUUUAUGUGUUUUCCUUUAUUAUGAUCCUGUGAUAUCCAUCAAAGAAAACUAUAGGGGACAAAAUAUUAUUCAAAUCAAAUGAAGUAUAAGCCCUACUUUGUUUUCUAAGUCAAGUAAGUCGUGUGUUGAGAUUCAAAAGACACUACUAAAAGGUACGUAAAACGCUACUGAUAAGAAGCUUAAAAUCAUUAGACUGUAAUUGCCUUUUGUUUCAUAGCUCAGACAUCUGUAUUUUCUGUUUUCAGUAUCAUUUGAAUCCUCAGUGGUGGUUUCAGAAAUCCAUUUCGACACUACCGCAAACUUCGUUUUGAACCCAGACAAACAAGCGCAAUAUGAUAGACGCGACUGAAUAAAGCUGACUAGUGCAAUGAAAUGAAAAAAAAAUCGGCAGGACAUUCAACAACAAAACGGUGGCUAUUAGUUUUAAUUACUCGCGUACUACGAUGUUUAAUAAAAACAACAUAGCAAAAAUAAUACACCUGUAAUAAACAAAAUGGCUCGGAAUUAAUGCUUACGAAAACACGGUGGGAAAAGACAUUCG